AUGGCUGCAACCGAAACAGCCUCCGAUCCCGAGAAGCGGGCCGCCUCCGACAUCAACCCCGCUACCGGCCCCUCUCCCGGGGAAGAUGAUCCGAUCUCGAAGCACCACAUCACCGAUGAGACUGGCGACCUCGCCGCCUCUGCUCUUAACUCUGCUCCACUAUCCGAGGCCGAGUCGAAGGCUGUACUGCGCAAGAUCGAUUUAAGCUCUGUUUGGGGAAUCAUUCCAGACAACAAGCUUCAUGGCCAACAGUACAGCUGGGCGAGCAGCAUCUUUUACUUCGGAUACCUAGUUGCGGAAUAUCCGGGUGUCGCCGUUCUCCAGCGCUUUCCGGUCGCAAAGUUCCUAGGUGCCAACAUCAUUCUUUGGGGAAUGAUCCUUAUGACUACUGCGGCUUGCAGCUCCUUCGCCGGCCUCGCGAGCGUGCGCUUCCUUCUGGGUGCCACCGAGGCUACCAUCAGCCCCGGAUUCGUCGCAGUUACCGGCAUGUGGUGGUCCCGUCAAGAGCAAGCCGGUCGCUCGGCAAUGUGGGUCUCGUUUCUCGGCGUCGGCAGCUUCAUCGGCACACUGCUUGCGUUUGGAAUCGGUCAUAUCACCGGAUCACUGUCUCCGUGGAAGUACAUUUUCCUUAUCCUCGGUGCCAUGACCGUGGUCUGGGGCGUGGUCUUCACGAUCUUUGUGCCUGAUAGUCCUGCUAAGGUCAAGUGGUUGACAGAGCGGGAGAAGGUCAUUGCCGUGCAGCGUGUUGCCGAGAACAAGACCGGCACGGGUCGUAGCCGGAAUUUCGUCAUGGCCCAAGUUGUGGAGGCGGCCAAGGAUCCAGCAGUUAUUCUACUUGGCCUCAUUUCGUUCGUCAACGCCAUUGCUUCGGGAGGACUGGCGUUUGGAUCCUUGAUCAUCCAAGGUUUCGGCUUCAACUCACUGCAGACAACCCUCAUGAACCUCCCGCUUUCGACGGUUCAAGUUGUUGCUCAACUUGGCGCUGGCUUCUUGACAAGCAAGAUCUCUAACUCUAGGCUGCAUAUUGGCACAGUUGCCAUGGUUCCUCCCAUCAUUGGUACCUGCCUGAUCAACCAGCUCCACCUCGACAAUAAAUGGGGCCGUCUGGUCGGAGUUUGGCUUCUCGGCGCUUACCCCGUCGGCUUCAUGGUCAUCCUUGGCCUCCUUUCUACCAACAUCGCCGGUAGCACCAAGCGGUCUGUUGCGUCCGGUUGGGUCUUCGUCUGCUACUGUGUUGGCCAAAUCGCUGGCCCCCAGUUCUUCAAAAGCACCGAGGCGCCCGCUUACCACAACGGAAUCGUGGCUAUGUUGUGCGGAUUCAUUCUGAACCUGGUCAUGAAUCAGAUUCUCAGAUUCAUCUACGUCCGAGAGAACAGGAAGAGAGAUCAGAUGCUCGAGGGCAAGUCCGAGGAGGAGAUUGCUGAAAUGCAAAGGGAAGGCGAGGCGCUCGGCUUUGAGGAUGUCACCGACAAGCAAAACCCCAUGUUCCGUUAUGUUUUGUAA